AUGGCCGAUAAGAACCAUCCCAACAUUGUGCGGCUGCUUGGGUUUGCUGUCGGAGGGGACAUGAGGACGCGGCCAGAGCAAGUGCUGAUCUACGAGUUUGUGCCCAACGAAGCAUCACAACCCUUGAGCCUUCAGCAGCGACUGGACAUUCUCAUUGGCGUUGCACGUGGCCUGGAGUAUCUCCACAGCUUCAAGAUUGUACACCGCGACAUCAAGCCCGCCAACAUCCUCAUUGGAGAUGACAUGCAGGCCAAAAUUGCAGACUUUGGGGUUGCGAGGAUGGUAGAGGGCACGACAGUGGGCAAAACUCAAUACGCGGGAACACCGGGCUAUAUGGAUCCGGCUUACAUCAAGACACGCACGGCCACCACAGCUUCUGAUGUCUACAGCUUUGGUGUGCUCAUGCUUGUGGUGCUCUCUGGACGCCCUGAUCCCACCGACUGCGAUGGCAAUGGCCAACACAUCCUGCAGUGGGUACCGAGCCUCAAGGACCCAACCAUGGACGCCCCUGGAGAUGCGGUGCUGCGCGUGGCUGAGCUGGCAGUGAGCUGCACCGUGGACCGCACUGCAAGCCGCCCAAGCAUGGCGCACAUUGCCACCCAGCUGCAGGCUGUCAGGGAGGAGGUGGCGGGGAGAGAGGAGCUGCGAGAAGCACUCAAGGUGGACACGGAGGUGCAGGAGAUGAGGGAAGAUCCACCUGGCGAUCUUGACGAGGAGCUCAAGGAGAUUGGCGUGAUCCUCUCAGGGAGAUUGCCAGGUCAAGAUCGCGCCGAGUGCAGUGCCAGGGAGCCUUUGAUGGAUUCUUCAGCACCGGCACGCUCUCCAGAUCUCCAGAACUCCAGCUCUCUAGCUCUCCACCGCUCCAGCUCUGAUGUUGCGUGUGAAAUCAGCUGCUUGAGUAGUGGUUAG